AUAAAGAAUGAGAUUGGAACACUGAAGCUACUCAAGCAUCCCAACGUCGUAAGAUUACAUGAGCUGUCUUCACCAACCAGUCCAUAAAAGCCACGUGUCUACAGUGUUAUCAUCUCCACUUCCCUACGGGCUACGGCAGUUAUUGCGUGGAAUGAUCUGGAAAACCCACCGACGGCUAUUAGCUUCUCGGAGUUUAGAAUGCGGUCCCACAUGAAAGCUUUGUGGUGGAUAAGGUUGUAGCUAGCAAAACCAAAAUUUACAUGGUCCUAGAAUAUGUUACCGGCGGCGAAUUGUUUGACAAAAUUGCACACCAUGGAAAACUUAGAGAAACUAAAGGCAGGAAGCUUUUCCAACAAUUAAUCGACGGUGUGAGCUACUGUCACAACAAAGGCGUCUUCCAUCGGGAUCUUAAGCUUGAAAAUGUUCUUGUUGAUGCCAAGGGGAACAUAAAGAUAUCGGACUUUGGCCUCAGUGCUUUGCCCCAACAUUUUCGGGAAGAUGGUUUGCUUCAUACAACCUGUGGAAGCCCCAACUAUGUUGCUCCCGAGGUUCUUGCUAACAAAGGUUACGAUGGUGCCACCUCCGAUAUAUGGUCAUGUGGUGUCAUCUUAUACGUCAUUCUCACCGGAUUUCUCCCUUUUGAUGACAGAAAUCUUGCAGUUCUCUAUCAGAAGAUCAUUAAGGGGGAAGCUUUGAUACCGAAAUGGUUGUCACCCGGUGCAAAAAACUUGAUCAAGAGGAUUCUCGAUCCCAACCCUGCUACCAGAAUAACAAUGACCGGCAUCAAGUCAGACGAAUGGUUCAAGCAGGAUUACUCUCCUGUAAACCCUGAUGAAGAAGAAGAUGUAAACAUCGAUGAUGAAGCUUUCUCAAUACAUGAAGUGCCAUCUGAGGGGGAGAAGAGUCCAGACGCCCGGCAUGCGCACACCCAUAUCAAUGCCUUUGAGUUAAUCGGAAUGUCCUCUUGUCUAGACCUCUCCGGCUUCUUUGAGAAAGAGGAUGUGUCCGAGAGGAAGAUCAGAUUUACAUCCAACCACUCUGCAAAAGAUUUGCUCAAGAAAAUCGAAGAAAUCGUAAUGGAGAUGGGAUAUUGUGUCCAGAAGAAAAAUGGAAGGUUAAAAGUGAUGCAAGAACACAAAGGGGUGAGAAGCCUGGGCAGUCUAUCAGUUGCAGCAGAGGUGUUUGAGAUAAGCCCAUCUUUAUUUGUAGUAGAGUUGAGAAAAUCAUAUGGUGAUUCUUCUGCAUAUAGACAGUUGUGUAAAAAGCUAUCAAACGACUUAGGUGUUCCCUCAACCCAAGAGUUGCUGACCAGCUAGUGUGAUUAGAAAUGUAUAUAGAGUGUGUGUGUGUGUGUGUAUAUAUCCAUAUAUUACAAGUUUAUGUAAAUAUUCAGUUUUGGAUGCAAGACUCGAGUAAAUGCGAAAUAUGAUUCAGAUUGCAAGAAAAACAUCCUUGUGUAGUUUAGCCCUGAGCACCGGCAGAUUGUUUCCGAUGUUCUGAGCCCUUCAUCUCGGGUUAAAAAAUGCUGUAGUAAAACAAAGUAACUUGAUGAACAAGAGAGUACCUGCUGUCUUCAACCA